AUGGGAAAUUGUGCAUCUUUAUCCUCAGAUAAACAACUCAAGGAAACUGGUAUUAGUUCUCAAUCUUACCAUACUGACAAUAAUGAUAAGUUAUCAAAUGUAAAUGUAAUUUGUCAUACUGGUCAUAUUGGAAUUGUUGAAUUACGUAGUGGAAAAGUGGAUGUAGGUGGAGAAUUUUUAUCUCUAAAAGAAGAAAGCUAUAUUGAUAGUUAUAAUCCUUCGACUGGAAAGGUUCAUGCAAAAAUUCCAGAUUCUAGUAAACAAGAAAUAGAUCAAGCAGUACACGCUGCUCAAAAAGCAUUUUUAAAAUGGUCAAAAACAUCAGUACAAAUCAGAUCAAAAAUUAUGUACAAAAUAGCAGAUUUACUUGAAGCUAGAUUAAAUGAAUUUGCUGAAGCUGAAGUACAAGAUCAAGGCAAAACUAUUACUUUUGCAACCAAUGUUGACAUUAAUAGAUCGAUCUAUAAUUUUAGAUAUUUUGCUGGUUACAUUCUUCACACACAAGAAAAAGCUCAUGUGUUGGAUGGUGUUUCAUUAAGCUAUGUUCAAAGAUAUCCUAUUGGCGUAGCUGGAUUGAUUUCCCCUGAAUCUGGUUUACCUGAUGGUGUUGUUAAUAUUGUGUUUGGAUCAGGAUCAAAUGCAGGUCAAGCUUUAGUUUCUCAUCCAAAAGUUCCAUUAAUCUCAUUCACAGGAGGAACUGUGACUGGAAAAAAGGUUCUUGAAACGAGUGCGCCAUUUUUCAAAAAACUUUCAUUGGAACUUGGUGGAAAAAAUCCCAAUAUAAUUUUUGAUGAUUGCGAUUUUGAUAAUGCUGUUGACACAAGUAUUAAAGCAGCUUUUAGUAAUCAAGGAGAGAAAUUGAUUGUUGGCGAUCCUAAAGAUUCCAGAACUCAAGUUGGUGCAUUGGUUAGUAAACAACAUAUGGAAAAAGUGCUUGGAUAUAUUGAGUUAGCAAAACAAGAGGGUGGUGUUAUUGAGUGUGGUGGUAAACGUAAAUUGAUGGAUGAUGGUGAAUUGUGUGGAGGUUAUUUCGUUGAGCCAACAGUUAUCACAAAUGUUAAGCCAUCUUGUCGUGUAGCACAAGAAGAGAUUUUUGGACCUGUUGUGACUAUUCAUACAUUUGAAAGUGAGGAAGAAGUUAUAGAGUAUGCAAAUGAUACUGAAUAUGGUUUAAGUUGCUCGGUAUGGAGUGGAAAUGGUAAACGUGCAAGGCGUGUUGCUGAAGCAAUACAAGCGGGAACUGUAUGGGUAAAUUGUUGGUUGAUUAGAGAUCUGGGAUUGCCAUUUGGUGGAGUAAAAAAAAGCGGUAAUACAACUUUUGCAUUACCUAAAUUCUCAAUUACAUCUGAUAACAAUAAUAAACGUGACGAAAUACAACCUUUACCAUUAGGAGUGGGUACAGGAGCACAAUUAUAUGAUGGAGAACUACCAUUAUCGUGUGGUGGGCCAAAAUUUAUUGAAAGUGGUGGUGAAGCAUAUGACAAUAAUUAUGAAUAUUGUAGCCAAGAAAGCCAUUCGGUUCAAUGCUGUGAUGAUUGCAGCGAACAACUAUCAUGGUCUAAUCAAGGUGAAAAUUCUUAUAUGGUUGCCUGCCGGCGCGAUCCUUUAUAUAUGAGUUAUUGUGAUCAAUCUAUGGAUGAUUACCAAGGAGCUGGUUGUCAUAAUAAUCAAUAUGCUGAAAGUUGUGAUGAACAAAAUAAUGUUUUGUAUGGUGAUGGUUAUCAAAAUUCUUGUAAUAUAAUUCAAUAA